GCUGACACAUCACGUGUGGUGAAGAGACGUCUUGUGACCCGUGUGGAGUGUGAUAGGAAGAAGCUCAGUACUCAGGUCUGCUGCGUGAGAAGAUAUUCAGCUCGGACUACUAUGGAGGCUUUGCUGACAUGGACUCUACUGCUGGGCGCACUGCUACAUCCGGGCACAGCGCUGGUCAGAAUUCCUCUGAAGAAAAUGGCCACAAUUCGGCACACCAUGGCUAAUUCCACAAAAGAGCUAAAGGACUGCAUAGGAUCAAGCCACAAAUACUACCCUGGAUUCCCUACGAGCACAGAGCCCACCCCAGAGACUCUGCUCAACUACCUGGAUGCCCAGUAUUAUGGUGAAAUUGGUAUUGGCAGCCCUCCACAAACCUUCCUGGUGGUAUUUGACACUGGCUCCUCUAAUCUCUGGGUGCCUUCCAUCCACUGCUCCUUUUUUGAUGUCGCCUGUUGGAUACACCACAAAUAUGACUCUUCCAAAUCCUCCACGUAUGUGAAGAAUGGUACAGACUUUUCCAUCCAGUAUGGCAGCGGGAGUUUGUCGGGAUAUCUCAGCGAGGACACCGUGACGAUUGGAAACCUGGCCGUGAAGGGUCAACUUUUUGCAGAGGCUGUAAAACAACCUGGCAUCACUUUCGUAGCGGCAAAGUUUGAUGGCAUUUUGGGAAUGGCAUACCCACGAAUAUCUGUAGAUGGGGCUCCUACUGUCUUUGAUGACAUCAUGAAUCAAAAGCUUGUAGAUACAAAUGUGUUUUCUUUCUAUCUGAACAGAAAUCCAGAUUCUCCACCAGGUGGAGAACUGCUACUUGGAGGCACUGACCCUAAAUAUUACACUGGAGACUUCAGUUACAUGAAUGUAACCCGCAAGGCAUACUGGCAGAUUCGUAUGAACAAUGUAGGGGUCGGAGGUCAGCUCAGUCUGUGUAAAGGUGGUUGUGAAGCAAUUGUGGAUACCGGGACCUCCCUGAUCAUUGGCCCACCAGCAGAAAUCGAUGCACUGCAAAAAGCUAUUGGAGCUCUGCCCCUGAUUCAUGGAGAGUAUAUGGUGAUCUGUGACAAAAUCCCCUCACUGCCUGUUAUCACAUUCAAUUUUGGAGGAAAGGACUACAGCCUGACUGGAGAACAAUAUGUUCUGAAGGUCACUCAGUUUGGCCGCACUAUGUGCAUCAGUGGAUUCAUGGGCCUUGACAUUCCACCUCCUGCUGGACCACUCUGGAUUAUUGGAGAUGUUUUCAUUGGCCAGUAUUACACCGUAUUUGACAGAGAAAAUGACCGUGUUGGAUUUGCUAAAUCUAAAUAAUUCAGGCAAUACAUAAAUGGAGCGUUCCAUUACCUGCGCUUACAGACAGUACAAAGCAUGUUACUGUGUUGGCACCUCCACACCUACCCAUGUAAAAACUGGAUUAGUCUUCCUCUCCUUCAGCACUGUGUGUGACUAGCACACAGGAGGUUCUGUCAGUGGCGGCAAAUUCCCUAAAACCAUCUUCCGUUACUUCCUAAAUUGGCAGCACGUUUCAAAGGAUAAGUUCAUCUUUUAACAAAAAAUAAAUGCACAUUUUUUUCAGGUAACAUAUGUGCAUAUAUUAUUUUGUUUCUGGAGCCUCUAAAGCAUGGCACCAGAGAUCAGCAGAUUGCUGGUGCUAUGCAGGUUUCCUGCAGACCUGUCAGUGUAUCUGUGUGCCUGUAUAUCGUAUGGGCAAGUAGAAAUAAUCUGACAGGAAGACUCCAUGAACUACCACAGUGUCUUGGUAGUUCAUUGAAAACUGCAAGCUGACAGCCACAAAGGGGUUUCCAUUCACAGAGGACUGUGAAUAAAUGGAACGGCUGAAGCCCUGCUUAGCUGUGUAUUUGUUAAAUUGUGACCGCUAGCGGAGGGGAGAAGAUCCCCGCUAGCUAUCAGAGCAGGGGGCGGGUCCAUUUGUAACAUGUUGCCCCCUUAAUAUGAACUUAUCCUUUAACUUGGCUGUUGCUGAUACAGGUUUCCAUUAAGGUAAUCCUGCUGUAA